AAUUCAGUUGCUGCCCUUUGCACGGUCCAGUUUUUCCCAUUUUAGUAACUAAAUAGUAAAUCCUGUUUGCUUACUGUCUAGUCUCUUCCUCCUGCUUCUUCUUUUCCCCUGAAAUUGGAUGCCGAUUAGCUUCCAAAAUUUUUCUUCAGGCUCCUUUCCCUGAGUUUCCCCAACUCCGCCAACUUCCUACUUACUUCUUACGUGAGUUUUCCUUCCUCCUUAUUCCGCGGCUUCUCCGAAAUGGAACAUGAUAAUCAUGUUAUAUGUGGCCACAGGCUUAGCUUGAUUAGCAUCUCUGUGUUGUUCCUGGUAAUUUCAAGCUGGAUACAGCAGGCGUAUGUCACUGAAGGUAGAAAAGAUGUCAAAAAAAGUGGGUUUAGCCAGGGCGGUGAGGAUAAGUCGAUGGUGAGGGCACGGAUAGGAUCAAGGCCACCAAGAUGUGAGAGAAGAUGCAGCUGGUGUGGCCACUGUGAAGCUGUUCAGGUUCCUGCAAAUCCCCAGCUGCAGAAUGCCAGACUUAAGCCUUCUACUGUAUCCACAAUUGCUUAUGCCAAGGGAGAUGACUAUCCCAACUACAAGCCCAUGAGUUGGAAGUGUAAAUGUGGGAACCUCAUUUUAAACCCCUGAUUUAAUUUCUUUACAUAUUCAUGGUAAAUGGAAGCCAAUCAUGUUGUCAUCCCGCUACAUGAAUAUACUUUUUCCAAGUUCAACUUCUCCUCUGUACUGAGCACCAAGCGGUUAAGUA